CAUAGGUUGAAUGUCACGACGAGAUAAGGUUUCUUAAGGUUACCCCAUGUCCCCAUCAAGUGGAUCUCAGCCGAUGAGUGUAGUCUGUCUUGUAAACAAGACUUGUGUAAUCGCACUUGAUGUGUUCGGGAGGUGCAAUCAAUAUUCGGUAAUCUAAUUAUGUUUUGGAAAUAAUACGUGUGCCAUUGAUGUUCACAACUUUGAUAAGUGAUUGUGACGGUCUAUAAUGUUCAGCAGCACUGCUACAUGUGGCGCAGCUGAUUUGCCAUCUUAUGACUUUGAAGGAAAUGCUCACAAAUGGAAAGAUCUCUUAUUCAUAGCAAUAGACAAGGUGUUGAAAUCCCUGGAUGGUGAUUUAACUCUGAGCGAUGAUGGAGCUGAAUAUAUGGAGAGCCUUCUGCUCCGUGUUCUGGCCAUGCUCUGUUCCUCCCCUCCACCGCACUCUGUACAGGAUCUGGAAGACCGGGUGAUGCGUGUGUUCCCCAGUCCCCUUGACAGAUGGGCAACAGGUGAUGCCCAGGCUGCAGUUGAGAACAGAAGGAAGAAGGGCAGUGCUGUUGUGUUGCCUCUAGACAGAGUGCAUCCUUUAUUAAAGGAAGCACUACAGAGCAGAAUCGACAUGCAAGUAACGCUGUAUAUGAGUGCCAUCUUGGAAUAUGUGUCCUUAGAGAUAUUAAGACUGGCCAACAUUUAUGUAACUGACAUCAAAGGCAAAGAAGUCACUCAGGCAGACAUCAGAACAGCAAUGUGUGCUGAUCAAGUGCUGAUGGACCUGCUGUGCCAAAGUGAGAAUGGUGACAUACCCAAGACGAGCAUAUGUGAAGAACCGUUGCUGAGAGGCGACACUUCCUUAACUUAUGACCAGCUUGUCAAAGAUCUCAUUGAACAUGAAAAAUCGUAUAUUAGGGAACUAAACUUAAUAUCUAAAGUUUUCCGGAAGAAACUUCUUCAGAUCCCAAGUGUGCGCGACUGUCAUCGGAAAACUUUGGAUGAUAUUUUUUCCAACAUUGACGAAGUGUAUGAUUUUAGUGUGAAUUUAUUAGGCUCUCUUGAAGACACCAUAGAGGUCACAAAAGAGAAUGAAUCGCCUGCUAUCGGCAGCUGUUUUGAGGAACUGGCUGAGGGCGAGGAGUUCGACGUGUAUCUAAGAUACUGCUCUGACGUGGUGCCCGGCGACCGAUGUCAGACUGCGGUACAGGAACUGGUCAGAUCACCUGAGGUGUGGGACGCUCUUUCUAAUAUCUCCUAUGGUGGCAGCUUCAGGGAUGCCGUGCUCUACUACUUACCUCGUCUCCUACACUUACCUGUGCUUCAUGUCUUCACUGAUCUGAAAUACAUAGAGGACUUAACGCUGUGUGCCGAGAGCGUUGGUGACAGCAGCAACAGCGAGAGCUUGGAGCAGGUUAAAGGGCUCCUAUGCCCGCUCGUCAACCAGCUGGAAAGAAUUGUCUCGGCUCCUGAUGCUCCACUUCAUCUAAAGCGCAGGAAGGCGUCUGAAGUGAAUGUACGCGCAAGUGGUCCGUUACGUCGACAACAAGCGCUGCUGAAGCUGAACGAGACCCAGCGCUCUAUAGAGGGCUGGGAGGGCAGGGACAUAGCGCAGUGCUGUAGCAGCCUCAUACUUGAGGGCGAUUUAAAACUUGGCUAUCCCAGCAAAAAACAGACUGACCGCCACGUCUUCCUGUUUGAUGGUCUCAUUGUCCUGUGUAAACAACACAAGGUCGGCAGCUUUCGUUUCAAGGAGAAGUAUGUCAUCAAAAAUAUUGACAUCGUCGACAGAGAAGAUACAGAUGAAGUGGGGCACGCGUUUGAGGUGGUGCCACAAGGACAGUCGCAGUCAAGUGCCUUGCUAGUGGCCAGGUCAGCACAGGACAAGCACAACUGGAUGGCUGCUCUCGUCAUGAUCCGCUGCAGAGGGCCUCUAGAACGUGCAUUAGACAGUAUCCUGCUGGAGGAAGAGAAGCAACAUCCUCUGCAGCUCCCUGAUCCUGAGGUGUAUCCCUUCAGUGUACAGGACUCGGAGGAGAACAUCAUCAUAGAGGAGAGAAAGGAGGCAACUCCUCUCAUCAAGGGAGCGACUUUAAUCAAGUUGGUGGAGCGAUUGACGUAUCACAUGUACGCGGACCCCAUGUUUGUGCGCACCUUCCUCACCACCUACAGAAGUUUCUGCUCGCCCACCGAACUACUGGAGCUACUAAAGAAACGGUUCGCCAUCCCCGAGCUGGACUGCUGCGGGUCUGGAGACGCGGAGAACAUGAGUUGCUUAGAGGGCGCCACCCCUGAGGACUCCAACACAGCGCUGCUGCACAGAGAGGGCGUCAAGCGCUUCAGGAAGGAAUAUGCCCAGCCCGUACAGUUUAGAGUUUUAAAUGUUUUACGACAUUGGGUGGACUAUCACUUUUACGACUUCGACCGCGAUGCUGAGCUGCUCAAGAACCUCACCGACUUCUUAGAAAGCGUGCAGGGCAAGAGCAUGAGGAAAUGGGUGCUCUCCAUCACUAAAAUUAUUCAUAGAAAGCGUAAUGAGGAGCCUCGUGAGAUCACAUUUAGUCAGAACCGCACUCCACCGUCUCCAAAACAUCACAUGCGGAUAGAUGAGAAGGAUUGGGAGAACAUCCUACCUGCCUCAGUGGGAGGAAUCACAGCCACAGGGGACCUCAUCAAGCCUUUACUUAUGUUGCAUCCAAUUGAGAUCGCCAGACAACUCACAUUGCUCGAGUUCGAUCUGUACAAAAGCGUCAAACCCUCGGAACUCGUCGGCAAUGCCUGGACCAAGAAAGAUAAAGAACAACGCUCCCCUAACUUACUCAAGAUGAUACACCAUACCAACAAGGUGACUCGGUGGGUCAUGAGGUGCAUCAUCGACUGCGAGAAUUUUGAGGAACGCGUGGCGGCCAUGAGCAGAGUUGUGGAGAUCAUGAUUAUGUUCCACGACCUGAACAACUUCAGUGGCCUCUUCGAAAUGAGCAGCGCCUUGGAGUCGGCCUCUGUACACAGACUUGAGCUCACCAAAGCCGAGGUAAAACGUCGGAUGCCUGUAACUCAAAAGUCCGUCUAUGAAGAAGCCAUGGAACUUGGCAAGAAUCACUGUAAAAAAUAUCUUGAAAAGUUGCGUUCAAUCAACCCGCCUUGUGUUCCCUUCUUUGGCAUGUACCUCACCAAUAUCAUGCACAUCGAAGUGGGCAACCCCGACUCUCUGCUUCCCCACAACCUCGUCAAUUUCAGCAAGCGUCGGAAAGUUGCUGAAAUCACCGGCGAGAUCCAGCAGUACCAAAACCAAUCCUAUUGCCUGCAGAUAGAGCCUAACAUCAGGAACUUUCUCGAGACCUUGGAUCCUUUCGAAGGCAUGAGUGACGGUGACAUCAAUAACUAUCUUUAUAAUAAAUCUACGGAAAUUGAACCCCGGAAUCUAAGAAAGCCACUUAUAAAGGAGCGACGGUGGCCACAUUUAUCAUUGAAGUCUCCAGGCAUCAAGCCUCGCAACAGUCGUUCGCUGCCUAACCCCCUGCCCAGCGUGUUCUCCACUCACAAGGAGAGCCAAGGAUUAGACGGCGGAGAAGAUACUCCACAUCAGCUCACCCCCACCACUCCAUCUACACCUUGCACCCCUCCUCCCGCCGCCAGCACCACCCCUACCUCAUCGUCCUCCAUGAUGUCAUCCCUGAACAUGGCUGGAUCAGCCUCUACGUUGCCGCACGGUGCCUCGCUGGCCUCGAUUGCCCUUGACACUUUGACGCAUGCUUCCUCUCAGGCGAAUGUUGCUGCACUUAGCCACUCAGGCACGUUGCCGCACUCGUUUCGCGAUCGUGCCGUGAAUCAAGAAGACUCUGUUUUUGCCAGGGUUGAAAUCGGUCCACUUCCAACAGGCAUGGCUCGGCUAGGAGGGGAUACUUCUAGUGUCAUUCUUCCUCCAUUCUUGCCCCCUCCCCCGCUGACCCCCGGCCCCCUAACUGGUGACGCUGCUCCCCCACCUCCUCUCCCCCCACGAGUGCCGCCACGGCGAAGAGAAACUUCCUUAGGAGAUACAUCACCCAAGGUACAGCAAGCUCCAGACGCCCCUGAACUCCCCCCACGCGACGUGACUCCCCCUCCCCUGCCUCCACGGACAGCUACACUCUCCCACAAGCACCACCCCCCACCCCCAUCUUCAGCUUCCCACACCUCCACUACUCACUUCUCAUACAAUCCUCCCGUGCUUCCACCUUCUGUACAUUCCACGCACCCACCACGGCCUCUCCACCCUCCACCAUAUCAACACAGGUCUGCCUUCCCGCCGCUGCCGACGGCACACCACACCAGCGGCAGCUCGUCAUCAUUCCACUUACCUUCCCAACAUCACCCACCUCCUCCCCCAUCACCACACCACCCUAUCGUAGACGGCAACUCUUCCAUCAACGACACGGCAGCUUUAUCGAACCUUCCGUUGACGCGGCGGCGAACUCCUUCCAUAGACCUGACGGCGCCGCCGCUGUCCCGGCGACACACAACCAACGGAGGACCGCCGCUCGAUGACGGACCGCCCACGCCGCCUCCACGGCUACCGCUCCUACUGCGUCCAACGUCUGCGUUCGCUGAGCAGCAGAUGUAACACGCGCAGCUGCCAGUGUUGCCACGGCUGUAAGACGCGCAACUGUCGAUGCUGGAUCACACAGAGCCGUUGUGUUAUUACUGCUGUUGCACACGAAGCUGCCAGUGUUGUAGUUGCUGUAUCAUAGAGCUGUUGUGUUUACCGCCACCUAUGUAGCACACACUGCUGUUUGUCAUCACUGCUCCUAAAACACAGAGCUGUUGUCUGUCGCCUAAGCUGUAGAACACAAUCUGCUACGAGUGUUGUCAUUGAAGUAACUCACAGAGCAGUUUGUGUGUUCUCACAGCUAUAACCCCUAUCCAAUAGUUGCCAUAUGCAUGCAAACUGCAGCUGUGUGCAGUGAAGCCAUCAUGCAUUCUCUCGACAUUUGUACUGUAUCCUAUGUCAUAUACAUUGCUUCUGUUGUCGCAUGCUAAAUCUUUGACACGUUUUCGCUGAAAAAAAAAUCUUGCCUGUUAUUUUUCACGAUUUUUGUUGAUUUUUAGCUCAUGCGACUCUCCAUACGUUUUACCGACAAUGAAUCAUGUGUACGUGAUGUGAAUAAUUUAUUGUAAAACGGUGUUUUUUUCGUUAAACUUGCUUUCAGUACAUUGAAAUCAAUCGGUAUAAUAUGUCAGCUAUUAUAAUUAUUUAAUUAAUUCGAAGUUUUCAUCCUGAAUUUUCGAUGAAUUUUUAUAUUGUAAGAAUCCAUGAUCUCUGUUGCAGAGGUCACUCGAUCUACUCGUUAUCUUUGUGCCGUCUCGAAAGAUUAUUGUUGAUUUUUCAGUCGUGCAAUAUGGUGGUGUGUUCUGAUAUCGCUGCGUUACCAGACUUCUUAGUCAUGCUUAAAUGGCGAUCAUGUUUUCCGUCUGUGCAUCCGUUCUACUGCCCAUUAUUACUUAUUGCUCUGUUGUACACAAUUGCUUUCCUUACGUACCUGAUAUACCUUUACUUAACAAUUUCACGGACCACAUUUAUGUUGCCUUCGGUUGCUGAAAUACCUGCAAUUAGUCGCGUCAAAUAAGAGGUUGGUUCUAUUAUCUUUUAAUAUUUUCUGCGGAAGUUACCACAUGAUUACUAUUCCACAUCCGUUGCUUAGUAUGUACCUUCAACUCGUAUUUCAGCUUUUUGCACUGGCAUAAUUUAAUUUUGAGAUAUUUUUUCACGAAUUUCAUUGGCAAACGGAUAAGAGAAUUGCUAUUGAGUUCCAGCUGGCGAAAUGAAGCCAUAAUUGCGAACGUUUGCACCUGUGCCGGCCUUGCAUUUUAUUUCAUGACAGUCAUGAAGCGCUUUUGAGUUGGCGCUUCAUUGGCGAGAUCAUAUUUCCACGUAAGAGGUUCUUGCUGAACUAAAUUGUAGUUCUGCUGAAAACGUUGUCCGCUUACUGCGACCUCGAAAUAUCCUCAAUAUUAAUGCUUUAAAUCCUGAUUGAUAAAGUCGACGUUGCACAACCCCCUUGCGUAUUGUGAUCUCGGCAGGUUAUCCUUCAGGUCAGUUACCAACUUGAUGCGUUCACUCUAUACCAUUAAAGAACCUUCCCAUGGUUGGCAUUUGUGAUAUUCUGUUGACUAGUCUUGAUCAAUGUCAACCGCCUUGCGGUUCAGGCACGCGCGAAGAGGUAGGGCGCGGCUCCUCAUUAACAAUUAUUUCACUGGUCCGCGUGAAAUAAUUGCUCAUCAACGAGGUCUUGAAUUUUCAACUUGAAAAUCAGAAUAUCUGCACAAUUCGAGAACUUUCAACACGGGUUGAAUGUAGGUGCUGUACAGCUACCCUUUCCCAUCACUCCUCAUGCCAUACGCUACAAUUUAAGAUCAAUAUUCCUACAUACAUAUUAAAAUGCUAUUUUAGAUUAGAAUCCAGAUAGUCUGUAAAUAUUGUACAGUUGCCCGCAGUUCUUGGUAUACUGUGGCGUCAUAGUUAACUAUAGUCAUGGAGGAUUACUACGUAAAAUUCCCUGAGCCAUGUCAGUAAAAUGUCGACUACAAUCGAGCUUAUAGAAAUUAACCCUAAUUAAUGUUCCACGGCAUGUCAUUGACUGCAGACAUUCUGGCGAUGAUCUCGUGUUUCGAAACGAUUCAUCACAUUGAUUCGCCUAUAAGAUCACAGCCCUUGGCAUGUCGAACAUUCGAAUACUUCCCAGGACUUCCUUGCCGUCUGAAUGCUAGAAUCGAUUUACCAGUGCCAGGCAGCCUAUCAUUUUCAUGACAUGAAAAAGACAAGAACCGAUAAGAUUAUCUAGAAAUGAAAUUGUACACCUGCUGUGAAAGUCGUGAAAUAAACGGUAGCAUAAAC